AUCCUUGACGUCACUGCGUCUCUCGCAUGACACGUAGCGCGCAGGGCCCCGCGGCGGCGGCGUCUCCGCCUUCCGCCCCAGCUCCGCCCCAUUUCCCCCUCACCGGAAGUAGCCUCUGCCGCUGAGAAGGGAGGAGAUGCUACGUAGUUCCGGCGUGUCGCUGGCGGCUGAGGAGCGAGAGCGGAGGGGUGAGGGGGAGCCGUCGGAGCCGCUUGCUGCCGUCGUUGGUCGAGGCUGCUGCUGCUGCCGCCCAGUCCGGUAACAGGGAGCCGCCGCUGGGCGAAGGGAGGCCGCGGGGGAACGCGGGGACUGCGGCGCGGGAUGGGCGUUGGGCCUGGGCCGGCGGGCGGCUGAGCGGCCGAGACGGAGGGAGGGAGGGAAGCGAGCAAGUGACACGCAGGCGAGGUGGGGGCGGGGAGGAGUGGUCUGAGGAGGCCGAAGCCGGAGGGAGCCGCUCUUUUCUCUCUCUCUCUCUCUCUCUCCCCCCGGAUAAUUUAUAAUUAUAUUUUAUAUUAUAUUUAUUAUACAUUAUAUUAUAUAUUAUAAUUAUAAUAUAAUGGAUGUGUGCUUGUGCCUGUGUCUCUAUCCGUCUGUCCAUUGACCUCUCGGCACCGGCUCACCAUUUCUCUUUCUCUCUCUCUCGGCCUUAGCUAGAGAGCCUUUUCCUUCUCUUACGUGGCUUGCCGGGAUUGCCUCCCUCUUCUUUCUUUCUUUCUUUCUUUCUUUCUUUCUUUUUUUUCUCUCUCUCCUCAACUCCUUCCUCCUCAACUCUCUCCGUCGUUCUCCUUUAGUUUAUUUAUUUUUGGGGUCCCCGAAGUCCCCAAGGCUCAGCUGCUGACAGCCCACCUUUCUCACUUCCAUCCUUCCCCUCCUCAAAUACAAAAAGGGGAGGUGGGGUAUUAAUACUAAUAAUGGUGUUGUAAUGCUAAACCGGUGUUGUAAAAUCGGGGCUGGAAAGCACGAGUGGAGUAGUGACCUCUCUCUCCCCCGCCCACACAAAAAAUGGCAAUCUGUGUCGGUCUCUUGAGAAUGAGAGUGACACCUGUGCAUUUUUUUUGUGGGGGGCAGGAGGGAGAGGCUUGCCACCCUGGUUGUCCUCCAACUAGUUGCUGGCUUGGGUUGUAAGGUUGUAGUUGGUUUGAAUAGCCGGAACUGCUAGCAGUAUAUUCCGCCCACCCGCUACUCAUCCUUAGUUUUGGCUUCGCCCUAAGGCAGUUUGCUCUCUGUAGGAUUGCCACCUUUAUCCCUUCGCUCAUAGGCACUUUCGUUCCUUAAAGAAAUAUAUAGGAGGCUCCCAAUUCUUGGCAAGUGAAUUCUGUUCACCCGUUGGGUUUCUGGUUGUUAUGUACUCUGGUUAGUCACAAGGGGUAGGGGGAAAAGAUAGCAACCCAGACUUGGCAUUUGGAUUUUAUGUGAGCUUUGAUGAAGGGAUGAGUGGUGCUGUUCAUUUCUUGGGAGUGUAUUGUAACCCAGGGUUAAUUUCCAAACUUGGGUCACCAGCAGUUUUUGGACUACAACUUCCAUCAUCCCUAGCUGGCAGGACCAGUGGUCAGGGAUGAUGGGAAUUGGUAGUCCAAAAACUGCUGGAGACACAGGUAUGGGAAACACUGCUGUAACCUUUGUAAAUUUAUGUUAAAAAUACUCCCCCCCCCAUGGUAACUGAAUAGUUUGACAGCUAACUUUUAAAAUAACCAAAAUGUUUUGAGCCAUAAGCCUUUCUGGAAUUCAUGCCCUCUAUCCUAGAAAUCAUGGAAGUUCAUUUACUUUAUUAGUAGUAACGGCAAAUGGCACUCUGUAAGUGCUGACAAUAGUUUUGUUGUCAGAAUCACAGAAGUUGGAAGGGAACCCAAGGGUCAUCUAGGCCAGUCCCCUGCAAUGCAGGAAUGUCAACUGGUUCAGACUUCAGAACCUUUUCUUGGCAUCAGUCUGUUUAUGGGGCUGAGCGCUGACUGAUUAAGCUUGGAAUUUAUAGUAUCCUAUUUGUGUAGCUGUGUUGAAAUAAGGAAGGAUUAUUAUCUGGUAAUGCUAGACUUUAGACAGAAAAGUUGGUGGGUAACUUGUUCAGUGUUCAAAUUUAUGGGGAAAAUGUCCCCACCCUAACCCCCUCCCAAUUUUAGCUCUGUAGCCUUUGCUUUGCAUUCCACUCCCUCUUGUAAUUCAAGCAGCAGUUUUGUUGUAACAUUUGGAUUCCAUGCUUUUGAAUUUAUAAAUACAUUAGAAGUUUAAAAGUUAUCCAUUUGGAAUUAGAUGAACCGAAGAAGAUGUGGUCUGAGCACCAAUUAAACGGCCUUAAUAUUGGUAUCCAUGGGUACUUUUUGUAAGAACAUUUGUGAGCAUAGUGAGUGUUAUUGUGUGUUUUAUGGAGCAUGGUUCACCUGCUGUGGUCCAUACUGAAGCAAGGAACAACUUUUCCCACCCUCAGUUAAGAUGAAUGUGUAUCCAUGCAUUCUUCUAUUGUAUUCUGAGAGAAAUGGAUGCCAGUGGCUUAUGUACCUUGCUUACUUGAGUGUUCCCUAAACACACUAGCUGCAGAAGGAGAACCUUUAUUUGUGUUCACCAUAUGCAGUGACAAGGCAGGGGAUCCGCAGCUAUAUGGUAGUUGGGGCACUUGUUAGCCCUUUACAAAGGCCCCUAAAGACUUGUUUUGGUGCAUAAAUCUGAAAUGAAAGGCUCCCAACCAAGAGAAAUCAAUUUAAUUUCUCUUCUAUAUUUUCUUUUUGUGAUUUGUGGGGCUGUCACUCAAAGUCUUGCAUAAGAAGUAAUAUAUAUUUGGAAGCUUCGGGAAGACACCUCGUAACAUUUCUACUAAGAAUAGAACUUGACUUCAUAUGGGGUUAGAGUAACCUGCUAUGCAUAUCAAAUAUGCUGGUACAGAGAGUCAGUUGAAAACAUAGGAGCCAUUGUGCAAACUGUUUAGCUUAUAUUCCCUGCUUGAGGGAGGAAGUGUUGAUUUGUUCCUGCUAUCUUCAUAGCUACCACACAGUUUUUUUUUCUGCUGGUCCCUCUUAAAUGGCAACUUUCUAGUUCAUAGGAAAUUAUGAUAGCUGAAAUGUUCUUGUAUAUAGCCAAAAUUCACAAACAAUUGCUUUUAUUUUUCCUCCUAGGCAAUUGAACUCCCACAAUGUCAUUCAUAUUUGAAUGGAUCUACAAUGGCUUCAGCAGUGUUCUGCAGUUUCUAGGUAAGGCUUCAAAUGUUCACCUAUGAACAGUUCUCUUGGGCUUAGUGUUAACAUCUGAACUGCUGGUUUUCACACAUUCUGCUACUAGGAACUGAGAGGUGGUGGCACAUUAUCUGAUGCCAUUUUCACCCCUCUGACUUUUCUAAUUCUGAAUGUGUCAUUUUACUCAUUUGCCCUAGAGACCUUGCUAAUUUUUAAUUUCUUAAAACUGGCUACCUACAGUGGGUCUCAAAUUUCAUCAGCACCCUGUACAGUGCCAAAAUUCUACACACUCCCCUAACCCUCCUCUGCUACUUUGCAGUCCCAUCUCUAGUUGAUAGGCUGCAGCUCUUCAGAUUUUAAGAAAGGAAAGUGUCCUAUCCCCACCAGGAGAUGCCAAGGAUUGAAUCUGAGAUCUUCCGUAUUUAAAGCAUGUGUUGUACUGAGCUAUGAUCCUUCUCCCCUUUUCCCUCUUGGCUAACUUCAUCAGAUGUAUUGGAGUCUAUAUGGAAGUAAUUGUACAAUUACAAGGAAAGGGUGGAGACAUCAUAGCUUACAAUUCUAGGAGACUAAAGGGCACAGAAACCUGGGUAAGAGGGGCAAGCAGCAACACCCAAUGAAAACAAAAGACUUCUACUUUGUAUAGUACCUAAGAAGAAGUAGUCUGUCUUAAUUUCAAUACUGUACAAGUUAGAAACCUCAGCCCUUCCACAAAUGCUCCCUUCUUCCACUAGUAGCACUGGCAAUUCUCUGUAGAAAAGCAUCUGUUAAUGUGCCCAAGGUAGCAUGGAUAUUCAAGAUACAGUUUUCAAGAUCCAUUUAUUCUAAUUAUACAGCUUACUUUGAUCCAGUGAUCUUAUUCCAUUUUUUAACAUGCUGCUUUUCUGUUCUGCAGGAUUAUACAAGAAGUCCGGAAAGUUAGUUUUCUUGGGUUUGGAUAAUGCAGGCAAAACCACUCUUCUGCACAUGCUUAAGGACGACAGGUUGGGUCAACAUGUGCCUACCCUGCAUCCAAGUAAGCUUUUCAUAGCUUUGGGUGGUGUUAUCUAUUAAGGUCAUUUUUUUUAAAAAAAUGCUACUGUAUGUUACUAGACUACUUAGAGCAGGCAUGGCCAAACUUGGCCCUCCAGCUGUUUUGGGACUACAAUUCCCAUCAUCCCUGACCACUGGUCCUGUUAGCUAAGGAUGGUGGGAGCUGUAGUCCCAAAACAGCUGGAGGGCCAAGUUUGGCUAUGCCUGACUUAGAGCCUGGCAUGUAUGUUUUAAAAAAGUUGUAUAAUAGCAGUUUUCAUUGCCUUGAAAAGUAAGGCUUAUAAGCCUAAUACCUUUUGUAACGAUUAAUAAUUUUAUAAAAAACUAGUAAGAGAUUAUAGGGGACUGUGUCAUUAAAUGCACAUUAUACCUGGUAAAUUUUUAUAAGCUAGAAUUAAAAAUAAUUCCAUGUCAUUUGAAGAAUUUGAAAGUUUAAGAGGUAAUUUUAGACUUAGGUGGUGCUUUAAGGCUAGGGUCUUAGCCCUUCAGUCAUUGCUAGAGUCCAGCUCCUCAGCCACAAACAGCCAAUGGCCUGGGAUGAUGGGAACUGCUGCUGUUGUCAUUGGACUGCAUCUGGAUGGCAGCAGGUUAGCCAUCCAUGCUUUUAAAGUCUGGUUUGUCCUGAAUGGCUUCUCUUAGAUGCAGGCAUAUUUAUAUGUGAGAGAAACAGUACAACCAACCAGUACCGGAGUUCAUAAAAUAUUUUCCUUCUUUGCUGCAGCAUCAGAAGAACUGACAAUUGCAGGAAUGACUUUCACAACUUUUGAUCUCGGUGGCCAUGAACAAGGUAAAAGCAACAUUUCCCGUCUUGUGAUUCGCGAUUGAUAAGUGUUUCUGUCUAGGUGUUGGUUAUUUUGACGUAGCAAAUUAUUAACUGGGAGUUUUAAUUAGCUGGUCAUGAUGAUGCCAUCAUGGUUCUCAACCUUUUUGGUAUGGUGACCGCCCCCCGCCAAAGUCCAAAUUUACUUGGCAUGGCAACCCAUCAAUUUAUGUUGUUUUUUCCUCGCUGUCGGUUUACUGUUACAUGAAUUUUGAAUCACAAGCUAGAGUUUGUGGAGCUCUUGUUGCUAUGCUUUUCUCCUCAAACCAUACUUUUCCCUCUUGGCUCCACACUUGCAUGAUCUGGAAUGAUAUGACAACUCCUGUUCUCAAAGGGGGGGGGGGAACACUUGAAACGAAGAGUGCCCUUUCACCACUCCCACACACCCAAAAUAAACCUUUGGGUCUUUACUCCACACUUCCCUUUGUGGGGGGGGGGGUGUUUGAAACAACACAUUUUUAUACAAGCCAAGUCUGUAUAUUUUUUAAAAAAUACAAUUUUUGUUUGCUCUGGGGAUAUCGUAAUACUUGAUGUUAUAGCAACAUCCACCAUGAAAAGAACCUCACAGCUAAGUCAGUCCAAAAGCCCAUCUAGUCCAGCAUCCUGCGUUCACACAUGCUAACCAGAUGCCUCAGGAUGCUUGCAAACGGGACCUGAGUAUCCACAGGGGUACUGCCUUCAGUAGAGGAGGUGGAACAUAGUUAUUGUGGCUAAUAGCCGUUCUAAUCCUCCUUACGGAAACAGAUCUCUUGUAGAAACAACCACAUGGAGAUAAAAUGUAGCUGGGUUUUUAAAGCAGAACAAGUUGGCCUCAAGAAAUGGCCCUGAAAAUGUGGACGUACUGAAAUUUUGAAGCUAGUUCACAUAAUGUAUACUUUUUAAAUUACUGAGCAUAGGUGUGAAGUGAGCGCUUGCCAUAGAAAUAAAGGAAUUAAGGCGCCCCAAGGGUCAUCUAGUCCAUCCCCUGCACUGCAGGGGAAAAGAUAAGCACAUGCAGUAGCUACUAGUGACGUUGUUGACUUUGAUUAUAAUGGCAAGCUGGAAAUUGAAAAUGUGUCGAGAAACACUCGUGACCAAAAUUCUGCCCUUCUUGGGUAUUGCAGCUGGUGGCUGUGUUACCUUUAUAAAAAUGCUUUUCUUUCCCUUUUAGCUCGGCGUGUUUGGAAGAAUUAUCUACCAGCGAUUAAUGGGAUUGUCUUUUUAGUGGACUGCGCAGAUCAUGCACGUCUUUUGGAGUCCAAAGUGGAGCUUAAUGUAUGUAGCUUCCCCCCAGUUUUACACAGCCAGUUGGAGCCUGUAUAGAAUCUCUCUUCCUUUCUGUCACCUGAAAAAUUGGAUCUUAAGACUGUGUGAAAGAGAAGAGGUGUCAUAAUGAGAAAAAUCUAAUAAAUAUAAAGUGGAGAAUGAAAACAAGGCAGUAGUAGUUAAAGCAUCUAAGUUAUAGAAACAGUUUUAGGCCUGAACAUACUUUUCAAUAAGCUUCUGUCGGACUUCACUGUAAGUCAAGUGCAACUACCAUGAUGCCUCACUUUGUACAGUAGUGCAAAGAUUUUAUGUAUGAUAAUAGACAAGAAACUGUUUGGGAUUUAUUUAGAAUCAUUGCUGCAAAUAUGUUAUGACGCACAUGUAAUUCUCUUUUUCAUAUUAGGCACUAAUGACUGAUGAAACAAUAUCAAAUGUGCCAAUUCUUAUCUUGGGUAACAAAAUUGACAGACCAGAAGCUAUCAGUGAGGAAAAGCUGCGAGAGAUUUUUGGGCUUUAUGGGCAGACCACAGGAAAGGUAAGAAGCCAAAGCUGGUCAUAAAAAUAAGAAAAUUGAUAUACCGUAUUGCAAGACUGAUAUCCUUUUAAAAGCUCUCUCAGUAGAGUGGUAUUUCAAGAUCCAAGCCUUGAAAUCUGAAGUUCUAAUGGCUUUUAAAAUACUGAAAAAGGACAGAUAACAGGCUUUCAGUACAUCUGUGUGUGAUGCAAAUAUUAGUAGUUUUACUAGCCUACUAAAGAGGUUAGUAGCCUGUGUUUCUGUGCUAGCCCAGGAAGGGGAGAAACUUCUUAAAAGACUAGUGGGGAAAAUUGCCUUCUACCAAACAGGCUGACUGCCUUUCUUCCUCAGCCAGUGCAGAAACAAAGAGCUCUAGCAGAAGAGGAAAACAAGAGAUCCCUCCCUCUCCACCAGCCCCCUCGCUCACCAUGUAAUUCCUGGUCACCAAUGGCUACCAGGCAAUUUGUUAAGUAAAAGGCUAGUUUUAGUCAAAGCUAUAAUAGAAGUACAAUUGGUCAAGGAGAACUGCAAGAACUCACUUUCGUAGAAUAGCUUUAUUUGGUAUAUUUGCUCCUUUUUGGAAUUCUUUCUCCUAUGUGCAGUCAGAAAUGACCAAACUUGUAUAGUAUGUGAACCCCUGGGUUCCCCAAAAAGAGAUGAACAACAAAAUUUCCUGACACUUUAAAGACUAAUAGAUUUAUUGUGUCAUAAGCUUUUCUGGUCUACUUCAUCAGAUGCAUGAAAUGUUACCUUCAGUGGGAGGAUACAUAUAUAUGUGGGUGUAGAGAGAGAAUUGUAAAAAGUGAGCAAGGACAAAUCUAGUGUGACAAAUCUAGUAAAGCAUAAAUAUAUACAAGAUCAUUCACAACAGCAAUCGUUACUAAUAACAUAGGAAGCCUUAAGUCGUUGUGUUAAUGAAUGCCUACUAAAGGACAUGCUUUAUCUAGAUUUAAAGCCUAAACAAAUCAAAUCAAGCUUCUCCGAUUUAACCAUUUCCUGCUUGAGUCUCCAUUUGAAGUUCCUUUAUUGGAGAAUAGCAACUUUCAGGUCAACAGUAAUGCCUUAGGAGAUUGAAUUUUGCAUACGGCGAUUUCUUAAUAUUGCCAUUUUUGUUGUCCAGUUGGGUUCCAUUUAUUUUUACAUAGACUGUACGUAAAAAACACAAGAACAUUGCUGGCUGAUACAUAUACUGAGAUUUUAAAAUGUGAUGCAUAUGUUCAUGUUCACCUGACCUCUAUGGAUAUACAGCAAAUUUUAUUUUUGUUUCUUGCAUUUAUGUACUGCUUACUAUGUUUCAGUCAAAAAUUCAAAAAUACCAUUUCAGUCAAAAAUUCAAAAAUACAAUUUUAUAUAUUUGUGAAAUUUACAAUUUAAAAUGUUUACAAUUAAAUAUAGCUCAGCUGUUUGCAAAAGGGGUUUCAGACAGCCCUACACUGAGCUUUGGCUGCACCAGACUGCGUGCCAAACUGGGGAGGGAUUUACCCUACUCACCAGCUGAUGAGGGUGAGUUAAAUCCUGCUGAUUUGGCUGUAUACAUCAGUUCCCAACAGGGGAACUUGUGCACACAGCCGACAUAGAAUCAAACGUUGCCCCUCAGGUGAUCACACCCACCCGCCCUGUUGGAGUGUUGUCAGUUGAUUGGCAGGUGGGUGUGUUUUUAAAAAAUGGCAUUGCAGGCCAAAUUUAAACCCCAGUGCACCAUGAUUGGCCUGCAGCUCAGAAGUUCCCUACCCCUAAUUUUUAAGAAAGUUUUGUUUGUGUUUGAAGCCAUGCGUAACUCUUUUACUGUUUUAAGAAUUCCACAACUGAGUCUCUGUGAAUGAAUUCUUGUUUGACUCUAGGGGAAUGUGCCACAGAAGGACUUGAACACACGUCCCAUGGAAGUGUUCAUGUGCAGUGUACUGAAGAGGCAAGGCUACGGUGAAGGUUUUCGCUGGCUAUCGCAGUAUAUUGACUGAUACUUGGAGAGAAAUCUACUCCUGGACUGAUCCUGUUCACAGCUUCCUUAUGGACUUUUCUAUUAGAACAUGGAAGGCUCUCCAACCGCAUACUGGCAAUGACCGAGAGACUCCUGUCUUCACUUACCCAAUAUCACAGUGGUGACACAAUUCUUUUCCCUUUGUCUGGGAGAUAACAUUCUACACACUGGUGCAGAUUGUUGUCACUCCAGUUGCCAUUGUUUCCCAUGGAAACCAUGGCUUUCAGUUACAAUGGGGCUGGUGAGUUGGAACGCAAAACUGCACACAGCGCUCUGAAUGGCUGGAAAAGAGAACCUGUCUCACCACUGUGGCCAAUUGACUUUGGAAAAAGCAAUUCUAUUUUUUAAAGAAAGUGUUUAAUGUAAACGGUGUCCCUUUAGAUUUCUUAAGUUAGCAUUCAUCUUGUUUGGGCCAGAAUUCGAUAGGGAGGGUUUUUAUUAAUCUAUUUAAAUGUUAUUUAGAUAGAGAGAUCCCAAAUUACUGAACCAGCUAUCAUGAUAUUAAUAAUUCUUAGUGAACAGAAAGAUGGGCUCAGUUGCCCUGUAAGAGGGUUGUGCUGUCACACUGUUUGAUCAUGAAGAUGGUGCUAUUGGGACUGACUUGUGCAAUGAUUUGUUUUCUUUAAUUUACAGGGGUUUUAGUUGGGGAGGGAAAUGGAACGCACAUGCAGACACACUUGUUCUAGCUUUCCAUGUCAUUAUGCAUAGGAGUCUGAAAUGCGGUUAAUCACCUUAGCCCACCUCUCAAAGUUACCACCACUUCCUUUGUCGGCAGUCUUCUUAUCCCCCUUCUCUGCAGUAGCAGUGGAACAGUUGUUUCAGGCUUGUGAUAUGGUUUGUUCUACAUUGCAGGCAACUGCUGGAAAAAAAUGCAGUAGAAAUCAUGAGUUUAUUUUGUUGGGUUACUGUAGCAUUAAAUUUUUCCACCAAAUGCAUAUCAUAAUGCUGUUAAUGUAAACUAACCCUGUUUCUUUUAUAUUCAACAGAGCUUGUGUUUGAAAUUUCAUUACUUGCCUAGACAUCUUCAUUUUCCAUUUUAAAGAAACCACAAGUAGACAUCAGUCUCCUUUAAAGGAGUAUGAUGGGGCUUUAGGUGAAAUUAUUUUAGUGCUCGCUGGCAGUGUAUUUCACUGAUAGAUGCAAGAGAUUGGUGGCUCAGAGUCUGAAAACUCUUGAGAUGACUUGUGUGCUAAAUUUUGUUACAGAAGAUGAAAUGCAAAAUAGCAAAACACCAGAAGAACUCUUUUUUGUGCCAUAGGCACUUUUUCUGCUGAAAGGUGCACUCUGUUGCUAGAACUUGAGUAGGUUAACUUGAUGGUUAGUUCCUGUGAUCUAGCACCUUUUGUCUCUGCAUCAAAAUCUUUGAAAGGGAAAUAAGUCCUUAACAUAACCAUUAAUAGUUUGAAAUUCCAGUUUUUUGUGCUGAUGGUGUGAAAAUCGUUUUUUGUUUUUUAAAAAAAAACUUCUGAGUUUUGCCACAUUCACUCAGCGCUCGGGCAUGUCAAAAUGUGUUGCUAUUUACCCAAACACUUAAUGGAUUCCACUGAAGCAUGUAAUGCAGCUGUAAAGACAGGAGAAUUUACACUUUCUCUGCCAGCAAGAGGAAGAGAAUGUAUUGCUAACAUGGUACACUUAAAUUACACCGGUUGAUGCAUCUGACCUGUAAAGCUUAAUACAGUUGGGGUACUCCCAGGGUAGUUUAAGCUGAACCAUCAUUAGAAAGAAGCGUGCGACAGUAAACUAUUCCUGAAAAGCAUAACAAGAAGUCUGAUCAGGAUCAAUAAGGCUCUCUUUCCACUUAUAGAAUACUUGUAAUUCUUGACCUAUUUGCAGUGUCUUCACCAAAAAUGGCUGCAUAUAGCAUCGUCAUUGAUUUCUCUUUUAAUCUUGUCUCUGUGAAGCCUUUUGAUUUUACAGAAGCUUUUCAAUCUGUAAAUAUCUGCCCAGGCCACCGUGCCUAUGACUGUGUGGCCAAGGAGGUGUAGAGAACCACGUCAAACUACAGUGGUCAUGCAAACACACUUGACUUUAACCGAUCAGUUACUACAUUAUUUGAAUCUCCAGUAUUGACCACCUAGAGUUCUCCUGUUGGAUGUUACAUUCAAGGAAUGCUAAUGGAAUUGUUCUUGAAACAAUAUGCGACCUGGUAACCCCUUACCAGAAGUGACAUACUCCAGUUCCAUGCUUAAAGGGAAGACCCUAGUGAACAGAGCUAUGGAAUUUGUGCCCAGUAGAGGCAUAGUUUUCUAUGAAGGUGGUGUCUCAACCACUGGAGAAAGUACUUGUGAAUAGCUCUGACCUUUCCCCCCUCCGCCUUGCCAUGUAUUGUCAUUAGACAAGUCUUAACUCCUUGCAAUGUAUGGAUAUAAAGUUUAAUAUAUACUUUAGAAACUGGAUUACAGAUUGGAAGGAGAGAGAACAUGUCAUUCUGUUAGCAAAAUGUUUUAACUUCCCAUUUCUGGAAACGUGAAACAUGUUUGCAGAGAAGGUUUGUCUGUAUCCAAAACAUUUUAAUAAAGUUUUUUUAAUAAAAAAAAACAAGAACAACCCAUCACACUUAGUGGACUGAGUCUGGCCAUAAUCCUAAUACGUUAGAAGUUCAUAUGCUCACAAAAUAAACUAGUGAUAAAUGGUGUACAGUUCCUGAUCUAUAAUGGCAUUUUAGAUGAAUGGUUUUAAUAUAAAAAAGUGACUUGAAGGUAGUAGAAAGUAUGUCACAUAGUAGUGUUAGCCACCAAAUAUGUUCAAUUACGUAACUGAGGGAGUUAAUAAUAUAUUUUCUGGCAUGUGAAGCUCUGAAGCAUGUUUAGGUUAGCUGGUUGGUUCAGAAGAAAACCUAUAAAGGAAAAGGAAGCCCUUUCUGCAUGUGGAGUUGCUUAAAAAGAACGAGAUUGAAAAUUCAUUAACAGGUUAAAGCCCGAUUCAGAAGUUAACACAGAAGUAGAGCCUGAACAAGCGUAUAACUGGUACAGUUUCUGUUUGUAUAUUUCAGCUAGUUGCUAUUACUUAAGUGGCCAUUUGAAUGAAAAUUAAAGUAGAUUCUAUUUAAGAUAUGCAAAAAAAAAGUAUUCUUUCUUGCAGCUUUUGCUCUUAGAUGUACAUUCUUUCAUAACUGGGUGGAAGGUGAAAAAAGUGCUUAGUAGCUGCAGCCGAGGGGGAGGGAGGAAGAUCUGGAGGUGAUGUUGCCAGUUGUUUUGUGUACUGUGUGUGGGUUGCACAAGAGAGGGGAGGAAGCCUGGAAAUGGCAGGGAAGGUGAAAAGGGAGCUUGGUAGUUGCAUGGAGGGGGUGGAGCAAGCAGGAGCACAGCCCCUAGUAAAAAAACAACGAAAAGAGUUAAUAACCUGUCCAAAUAGGCCAUUGUCUUCAUCGCAUACAUGUUAUUUGAGUAAGAUCCUUGUGAUCAUCUCAUUCUGUGCAUUUCUUUAAAAGUUUUGCAUUUUCUCCCAGGCCAUAUUGGGGGAAGGCCGGCACAAGAAUCUCCCUGCCCCAACCUUAACUAACUUGAUGGAUAAAGAGACUGCGGUAAAUACUACGUUUUGCAACCUCAAGCAGCUCCUUAAAUUCUGUUGUGGCAGAUACGGCACACAGAUUACCCAACCUGCUCUGCUGCUUGAAAGCAUGCAUAUCUAAGAGCAAGAGGAAAUGCAAGAAAGGACAUGUUUAUGCGUAGCUUGAAUAGAAUCUACUGCUCUAAUUUCCUAGUAGUAGUGCGACAUCUUGCAUUUUUUAAAAAUUAGGAAAUUGUUUGUUUUUUUCAGCCAAUGCUAGGCAAUGCAGGGGAUAAGGAAAGUUGUGCACGUGCUUGGUGCAAACCAGUGUUGCCUAGCAACAGCCUGGCUGGGCUGUAAUUUUGCAGCUGGACCCGCUGCCAGUAUGGGUGCGUAAUGGAGUCUGAGAAGUCAGGAGGCAGAGAGGUUUCCUCUGCAAAAAAAAAGGGUUCAGCCAGAGGCAUUAAAAGGAAUUACAUAUAGAGAGGUAAAAUAAUUUUUAAUAAGACAAUUAGCAACUGAACUAAAUAAUGGCAGGGAGACGUGACAGUUUCAAGGCAGGGGAUAAAAAUACAAGUAUGAAAGGAGAUGGGGAGGAGAAAUUAUGGGAGGUGAGUAAAAACAGUUUGACAGGCAUGCAGGGAGGAAAUAUAAAAUACAGGCUUUUCAACUUAAAAGCCUCUAAAGCAAGUUCUUCCUACAAUGAGUGGAUUCAGAGUACCUCCACAGCUAAUGUCUAUAUUUCAUAGACUCAUAGAAGUGGAAGGGACCACAAAGCUCAUCUAGUCCAACCCCCUGCAAUGCAGGAAUUUUUAACCCAAAGUGGGGCCUGAGCUAUCCCCCCCCUCUCAAGACACUGCAUGAGCCUCUGAACUAAAAUAAACAUGAACACCUGAAAUGAGAAGCCACCUGCUCCAUCUGCCUGCAUUGUUUUCAGAACCCAAUGAUGGCCAUAGACUGCGGGCACAAUUUCUGCUGGGACCACAUUGCCCAGUGCUGCGAAAGGCCUAGUGCAAAUGUGUUCUGCCUGCCUGCAUUGCAGAAAGCGCUUUCCCUGGCUGAACCUCCAGCCCAUCAGGCACCCGUGUAGUAUCAGAGAGUUUGCCAUGCAGUGUGGCAUGCGGCAAGCAAAGCAGAACAAAAGCUGUGCAAGAGACACCAGGAACCCUUGAAGCUUUGCGAAAAAUGAUCAAACAUCCAUCUGCGUGGUUUGCAACAGGUCCAGGGUGCAUAAAGAUCACAGCAUGAUUCCUAUAGAGAAAGCUGCUCCAGUUCACCAGGAGAAAAUACAUCGCUGUUUGCAAACUCUGGAAGAAGAGAGAGACAAGAUUUUGUCAUUUAAAUUACAUGUAGGGAAGCCAAGCUAGGAUCUGGCAAAAACCGAAGCUGAGAAGCAAAAGCUUGUGUUGGAAUUGGAGAAGCUCCACCAGUUUCUUGAGAAAGAAAAACAACUGUUAACCCAGCUGGAUUGGGAAGGAGGAAGAAGAGCUAUGUGGCUUAAUUUUCUGAGAUUUCCCCUAGGUAAAGGUAAAGGGACCCCUGACCAUUAGGUCCAGUCGUGGCCGACUCUGGGAUUGCGGCGCUCAUCUCACUUUACUGGCCGAGGGAGCCGGCAUACAGCUUCCGGGUCAUGUGGCCAGCAUGACUAAGCCGCUUCUGGCGAACCAGAGCAGCACACGGAAAUGCCAUUUACCUUCCCGCUGGAGCGGUACCUAUUUAUCUACUUGUACUUUGACGUGCUUUCAAACUGCUAGGUUGGCAGGAGCAGGGACCGAGCAAUGGGAGCUCACCCCGUCACGGGGAUUCGAACCGCCAACCUUCUGAUUGGCAAGUCCUAGGCUCUGUGGUUUAACCCACAGCGCCACCUGCGUCCCUUUUGAGAUUUCCCCUAUCAGCACCCUAAUCAAUGAGCUGGAGCCGAAGUGUCAGGAGUUUCUAGCUGGGCUGCUGCAGGAUAUUGGAAAUAACAGGUGCAUUAGGGGCAAAUUUCAGUUUCCGGCUCCACCCGGUUCUUCAGAGCUCAGUGCAGUGCAUCAGGAAUUCUCCAAAGAGAGAGUGUAUCGCUGCAAGGUGAACUAAGGAAGUUGAGAGAGACUUUGACUGAACAAAAGUGGAUAGAUGAGAAUGUGAUGCUGGACCCCGCGACAGCUCGCUCUCGAUUUAUUGUGUUUGACAGUCAGAAAGCUGUUGCAUGGGGAGCUGUCCUGCAGCACUGGUAGAUUCAACCCCACCCACUGUGUGCUUGGCUCUCAAGGGUUAACAUCAGGGAAGCAUCAGUCGUGGAUGUGAGCAAGGGAACUUCCUGGGCUGCAGGUGUGGCCAGAGAAUUUGUGAAGAGGAAAGGACUGCCGAAUAUUGUCCCUGAGGAGGGAAUCAUGGCUGUUAGGCCUGGGCGAUGUAUCAGUAUUAGGGCUGGGCAAUACCUGCUUUUCAACAUCAAAAUAAACAUUGCGAUAUUUC